UGUCUGUUGAAGAUAGCUCAACUCUGGACAGGUAACCAGGUGUCACUGUUGCAAUGGCAACACAAAUGCUGUCGUUGUUGCCUCCCCUCCUCAUGGUCGUCCUUGUUUCCUGGACAGCAGCACAGGACUUGGAUUGGCAUUUUGACUCUGCUAAGUGUCGCUAUGCUCUGGGGAUGGAAGACGGCACCAUACCCGACUCUGACAUCACCGCAUCCAGCGCCUGGUCGGACUCGACCGAGGCUAAACACGGCAGGUUGAGUACUGGAGAGGGGGACGGGGCGUGGUGUCCGGCUGGUCCGGUGUUUCCCAGUGGCUCAGAGUACCUGCAGGUGGACCUGCGCAAGCUUUAUUUCCUGUCUCUGGUGGGCACGCAGGGACGCCACGCAGACGGGCUGGGUCGGGAGUUUGCGCGUAGUUACCGUCUGCAUUACUCUCGUGAUGGACGACAGUGGAUGACUUGGAAGGACCGCUGGGGGCAGGAGGUGGUAACAGGGAACGAGAACACCUAUGAUGUGGUCCUGAAGGACCUGGGUCCGCCCAUCAUAGCACGCAUGGUGCGCUUCUACCCACUGGCGGACCGUGUGAUGAGCGUGUGUUUAAGAGUUGAACUCUAUGGUUGUGUCUGGAAAGAUGGACUGAAGGCGUACACCGCUCCUGUGGGUCAUUCGAUGAACCUGUCAGGCUCACCUGUCUACCUUAAUGACUCCAUCUAUGAUGGGAGUAAAGAGGCAGGGGUGAUGUUUGGAGGAUUGGGCCAGUUGUGUGAUGGUGUUUUAGGUGGGAAUGAUUUCAUGGAGAGUAAAGAGCUGAGAGUGUGGCCAGGAUAUGAUUAUGUGGGCUGGAAUCGGGAUUCCUUGGCCCAGCCCACUGUUGACAUUGAGUUUCACUUUGAGAAAACACGGGUCUUUCACACCAUGCAGGUGCACAGUAAUAACAGACACACUCAAGGCGUGCGGGUGUUCAGCGAGGUGGUGUGUGAGUUUAAGGCCAGUCUUUUGAGCCCGUGGGCGGAGCCUGCGCUCAGCCUUCAAGUGCCACUGUCCGACCUACACGACCCAUCGUCCCGCACCAUCUCACUGCCACUCGGAGGACAGCCGGCCCAGAUUCUCCGCUGCCGCUUCGCUUUCAGUGACCGCUGGCUCCUCAUCAGCGAGAUAAGCUUCUACUCGGUACCGUUUGAAGAUGGAUCUGCCCUUCCUGCUCUCCCUUCCUCCAGCACUCGUCCUGUCAAUGCCACUUCUCCUCACACCCCCAGCUAUGCAAACGGAACCAGCAGCCCCAGCGACCUCUUCAUGAACAUUACUUCACUGCUGCCCAGCAGCAUGCCAACAGAGUUCUCUGCCAUCACUCUGAGGGCAGGGUUACCUGUGGCCAAAGAUGACAGCAGCAACACGGCCAUCCUGAUUGGCUGCCUGGUUGGAAUUAUUCUGCUCCUAUUGGCUGUUAUAGCUGUCAUUCUAUGGAGGCAGUACUGGAAGAAGCUACUUGGCAAGGCCCAAGGUAGCCUCUCUAGCGACGAGCUGCGGGUUCAUCUUUCAGUUCCAUCGGACAACGUGGUGAUCAACAACACUAACACCCACACAUACUCCAGUCGCUACCAGCGCAUACACACCUUCCCCGACGACAGGGACCGUGAGGGAGAAUACCAGGAGCCCAGCACUGUACUGCGGCCCCGAGAGCAGCGGGACAGCACAGCACUGCUGUUAAACAACCCAGCAUAUCAUCUCCUCCUGUCUGACCUGACACAUGGCCCCAACAGGCUGACAAACUGCCACAGCCAGCAAGAAAAACCCCAAAACCUGUCUCAGGCAUGUGCUAUUGACAUGGUUGAUAAAGGCCUACUGAUGCAGGAGGGACCGCCUCCUUACCCUGGAGCUCCGCCCCCUGGUUUAUCAGGGGCUCAUUAUGGAGAGGCAUCAGGAGGCGGGGGGAGUGUUCCUCAUUAUGCAGAAGCUGACAUCAUCAGUCUGCAAGGCGUUAGUGGUAACAAUACAUAUGCAGUUCCCGCCCUCUCAGCCACGCCCACUGAUUGCCCACCAUUGCCCGAGUUGCCACGGGAACGACUUGUAUUCAAAGAAAAGCUGGGAGAAGGACAAUUUGGAGAGGUUCAUUUGUGUGAGAUUGAAAACCCUCAGGACCUUGCAAACCUUGAGUUCCCGUUUAAUGUCAGGAAAGGACGCCCUCUUCUGGUGGCUGUGAAGAUUUUACGUCCAGAUGCUUCAAAAAAUGCCAGGAAUGAUUUUCUGAAGGAGGUGAAGAUCUUAUCUCGCCUGAAGGAUCCGAACAUAAUCCGCCUGCUGGGUGUUUGUGUAAGCAGCGACCCGUUGUGUAUGGUCACAGAGUACAUGGAGAGCGGAGACCUCAACCAGUACCUCUCCCAUAGAGUGUUGCUGGACAAGACUGGACCUUCACAUAAUACACCAACCAUCAGCUACCCAGCUUUGAUCUCCAUGGCGAGUCAGAUCGCAUCAGGAAUGAAGUUCUUGUCGUCUCUGAACUUUGUGCACCGAGACCUGGCCACACGAAACUGCCUGGUGGGUGGAGAGAGGGGCGAGGAGGAGGAGGAGCGUGGCGGAGAGCGUCCGAUAAAGAUAGCUGAUUUUGGCAUGAGCAGGAACCUCUAUGCUGGCGAUUAUUACAGGAUACAGGGACGAGCUGUGCUGCCUAUUCGCUGGAUGGCAUGGGAGUGCAUCCUCAUGGGAAAGUUCACGACUGCGAGUGACGUGUGGGCAUUUGGCGUGACACUGUGGGAGAUGUUGAGUGUGUGUCAAGAGCAACCGUACAGUCACAUGACCGAUGAACAGGUCAUUGACAACGCAGGGGAGUUUUUCAGAGACCAGGGCAGACAGGUGUACCUGUCUCGCCCCGCUGUUUGCCCACAGGGUUUGUAUGAGCUGAUGCUUAGCUGCUGGAACAGAGACUGUAAACUACGGCCUUCCUUUGCGUACAUUCACUCCUUCCUCACAGAAGACGCAAUGAACAUGGUUUAGAGAGUGACGGAGAUGAAGAGAGGAAGAAUGUAAGAAAGUGUGUGUGGACCACAGACACGUGGUGUGUUCUUAAACAGACACGGCUAAGCACUCUUAUGUAAAUUAGUGUCUUUUUUUUGAUGGGAUGGGGCGAACAAAAGCCGCAGGUUCGGUGCCCCUUAAUGACCCGCUUCUCAUCCCUUAUCCUGAACUUUUCAAGCAACAUUUUAUCCCCUGCUCAUUUUUUGGCUCACUGUUCCCUCACUAUUCAUACUUGAUCAUUUCACAGUACUAUUUGGUUUCACAGAGCUCAUAUUUCUCAAAAUGCAGCACAUAAUUGGCAUUCCUCUGUCUUUUAUCUGAACCUGAGAAUGAAAUCUUUGUGUAAAUGGUUCUGUCAGGUUCAGUUCUGAUGACUAAGCUCUGAGAAUGGGCUAACAGGAUACAGGAAUAAAAUGAAAUUGAUUUGGGGAUAAAAUGCUGCUUGACCUCUGAACCUUAAAUCCUGGUCCUGUUACAUGUAUCAAAACUCUCUUUUCAUUCCCUGAACGCUGAAUAGAUCUCAAAACAUAAUCGUAGGAACUGGUGGAGGGUUUUUAUAGGUAGAUGACAGGCAGCACAAAAGCACACGGCUCUACAAACUGUCUAUUUAGUCGUAGUUUUCUUCAGGCAGCAGUUGACAAAUUAUUGAUUUAUGAUAUUGAAACGAAUUAUAGAAGAAAUACAGCAUUGUUUUUUUCUACUUGCAUAUUAAGUAAUAAUAGUGAAUUACAUUUUAACAAUCUAACUUUGUUACCAUUUGUGGUCAUGUAGAAAAUCUGAGGAUGUAUCAGCCAAUUUGUCAUGUCUUUUUUGUGGUGGAGGGUAAUUCAUCAUCACUAAACAUUAACACUGAGUGGGACGUUUUCUUUUCAAUAAUAGUAAAUGAGGUUUUGUUGAAUCAUUGUAACAGUGGAAUCCCAAUAAGGGCAAAUUCAUGAGUCAUUGGACCUCUUGGAGUUUCAAAAACGAUUGUUGAAGUGCUUCCAGUGUUUUCAAAUAUGACACAAUGUACUAUAAUUAUGUACAACAAAAUAGCUGAUGUGUGAAACAGGCUUAUGACACGAUAUUGUCAAAUUGCGGUGAAUUGGAGGAUGGAUAUUUGUGACUCCGCCUCCUGUCUGUCCACAUAUAAAUGGUUCGUUUAGACUCAUUCACAUCAAGGACAAUAACUUUAUAUUUUUAAAUAAUCAUUCUAAUUCUAUGGAAAUAGGGAAGUCCACACCAGUGAUCUAAUUAUUAAAAAAAUAUUGACAGCCAAUCAGAAUCCACAAGUUUUAUAGCUCAGCAGAUUAGUAAAACAAUAUCAUUCACUUUGGUACAGUAGCUUGAAAUUUGGGCCACUAUUUUGUAAAAAGGCACUCAAAAAUUCAAUAUGGUGGCCAAUUUUCAAGAUGGCCACCAUUGCUAUUAAAUGCUUAUUAUAUCAAUUAUUCAAACAUUGAUCCAAGCAUAAUAUUUGAUACAAAAACUCUCUAAAGAACAUGUUAUUGGAAAAAGAUGCUUUUCCCUCAAAUUCAAGAUGGUCGCCAUUUUUAAAGAUGGCCAGCAUUCCUGUUGAAUAUGAAUUAUUAUACGUUUAUGACGUUUAUAACAAAUUAUUUCAAUUGUUCAAAUGGUGAUGCAAUCAUAAAAUUAGGCAGACAUACUCUUCAAGGAACACUCUUUUGGAAAAAGGUAUGUGCCACUCAAAAAUCAAAAUUCACCAUCUUGAAUUUUUAAGUGGCAUACACCUUUUUCCAUGAUAAUGUUCAUUGAAGACUGUACCAAAUUUCAUGAAAGAAUCACCAUUUGAAAAAAGAUUUAAGGAUUCAAGAAAAAUGG